AGGAAGAAGAAAAAGAAAAAAAGAAGAAGAGCUGCCGAAGGAUGAGAAGGAUGGCUUCAGAGGACUCAGUGAAGCUUGUGCUUUUUGCUCGCCUUUUCCCUUGUCUUGUGUUUUUGGCGAUUUUGUUCCGGAGCUCACUCGGCUCGGAGUUGGAUUUUGUCACGUGCGGUUCUGUGCUCAAACUUCUAAACGUCAAACACAACGUGAGACUUCACUCGCAUGACGUGCGCUACGGCUCAGGAAGCGGGCAGCAGUCGGUGACGGGUGUGACCAACGUGGAGGACGGCAACAGUUACUGGAGCGUACGCGGCACCCGCGACGCCACCUGCUUUCGAGGAAACCCCGUUAAGUGCGGUCAAAACAUCCGUCUCACGCACGUCAACACCGGACGCAACCUGCACAGCCAUUAUUUCAGCUCGCCGCUGUCCUCCAACCAGGAAGUGAGCGCUUUUGGCGAAGAGGGCGAGGGCGACCACCUGGAUGAGUGGACGGUGGAAUGUGGCGGGCAAGCGUGGGAGCGCGCUGAGGCUGUACGCCUGCGCCACAAAGCCACCGAGGCGGCGUUGUCAGUGACGGGCGAACAGUACGGGAGGCCCAUCAGCGGCCAGAGGGAGGUCCACGCCAUGGCCGGCCAUGGGCAGCACAGCCUGUGGAAGGCCAUGGAGGGUGUCUUCAUCAAGCCCACCGAAGGGCUCCCCGUCGCUCAGCGGGACUACACGCACACCGAGUUCUGAACGCCUCCCUCGUCAGCGCCAAACUUCCCGUCGCACGGAGGCGCCGCAUUGUUUCGGCUUCACGGACUUCCUGUCACAUGGCAACUUCCUCUCGGACGAUGGGUGCCUUGUUCUGCUGCUCUUCAGUACAAAACAUUUGCACCAUUCGGGAAUUACAGCAGAGUGGAAUGUCACUCAGAUUCCAGUGUGUGUGCACACCCUGAUAUUUAUUGUCAUUGGUGAGGCGCAUCACAAAUAAAUCCUUCAAAUUCGACUUUUAA